GUUGAACAACUACAACAUGAAACCCUGCACACAUCCCUCACACCAGUGUAUAAAUCAAGCCACCGCCAUAUCCAUUACAGCAUAAAGUUCAGUAGUUGCAUAUCCCACACUCCUGCCAACAAUGUUGAUUUCUUUGUUCUCACAAGAGCUGCUAUUCUUCACAGUAGUCGUGCCUUUUGUUUUCGUAUACUUGUGCUACAGGUCUAGUAGUAUAUCAAAAAACACAUCAGCGCAUGCUACAAACUGGCCAAUAUUCCACAUGUUGCCUGCACUCAUAGUGAACCUUUAUAACAUUCAUGACUGUAUUGCUGCCGUCCUAGCCCAAAAUAGCCAGAACACCAGGAUACAUCUUCCCGGUAGGCGCAUCUUCAUGACUUGCGACCCUGCGAAUGUCCGUCACAUCUUUACGACCAACUACACAAACUUCCCCAAGGGCAUGGAGUUUGCAGCCAUCUUCGACAUCAUGGAUCGUACUCUCUUCACCAUAGAUGGUGAGCCCGCUCGCCGGCAACGCGCGAAAUUGCAGAGCGUGCUCAGCAGCCCACAGUUGGUUGCUAGUAUGGCGGCUUGCUGCCGCAACAAGUUGGAGAAUGGCCUCCUUCCAUUCUUUACCGAUAUGGCGAGCACUAACGCUCCAUUCGACAUGCAAGAGGUGAUAUCAAGGUUUAUAUUUGAUCUGGCAGCCAUGCCUAUCUUUGGCGUGGACCCUGGUCUCGUGUCCUCAGACAUGCUUUCCGUGGAAGUUGCGAUGGCCAUGGACACUGUCAUGGAGGUAGGUUUUAUUCGGCACAUGAUGCCGGAUUUUUGCUGGAAGGCUAUGAGGCGGCUAAACAUCGGCCCUGAGAGAAAGCUCCAUGCGGCACACACUGUGUUACAAGGGUUCAUUAAAAAUAUGAUAGAGAGCAAGAAGAUCAAGGGAGGAUGUAUAUGUAAUCGCGAGGAGCAACAGGGUGUGGAUAUCUUGUCUUCCUAUGUCAACGACCCAGACUACUCCAACGACGGCUUGUUUCGUGCAAUGCUCGGUUUCAUGUUUGCUGGGAGGGACACAAUUGGUACAAUCUUGCCAUGGAUCUUCUACAACCUUGCCCAGAAUCCUAACAUCGUGUCAGUCAUCCGCAAUGAACUCUCACCAAUUGCGUCACGCAAAAUAGGUGCGGGUAGGGGUGCCAUUGUGAUCUUUGAGCCAGAGGAGAUAAAAUCCUUGGUCUAUUUGCAAGCUACCUUAUUCGAGACUCUCAGGUUGUACCCACCGGCACCAUUUGAGCGGAAGACAGUUGUCGCGGAUGAUAUCAUGCCGAGUGGCCAUAAGGUGAAAGCCGGUGACACCAUCUUCAUUUCUGUCCACUCUAUGGGAAGAAUGGAGGACGUGUGGGGAAAAGAUUGCCAUGACUACAACCCAUAUAGGUGGAUCUCGGAGGACAACAAGCUGUGUUAUGUACCAUCUCACAAGUUCUUGUCCUUCAACUCGGGUCCGAGGACGUGCCUCGGUAAGGACAUCGCUAUUAUGCAGAUGAAAACCGUCGUUGCUGCAGUGUUGUGGAACUUCGACAUGGAGGUGGUGCAAGGGCAGAGUAUCCAACCCAAGAUGUCUUGUAUACUUCAUAUGAAAAAUGGGCUCAUAGUGAAGCUUAAGAAGCGAUAAAUGUAACAUCGGGUUCUCUUUAUGGGGCGAUGGAAUAAAUACAAAUUUCAUGUUGUGGAUAUGUUAAU